AAAGCUUCACAAUCACACUUGUUCUUAUUUUCUUAAUGACUUCAAAUUCUUUAAUAUAUCAUGCAUGGUGUGAUUUCUAAUUAGAAAGCUCCACCCCCCUGAUUUUCCUUUACACUAGGAAAUCGAUCAAUUGUUGUAACCCUCAAGUCAGUGUUUCUUGUGAAUAAGCUUGCUCAUAUAAAGCAUCAAAACCUGAAUUGAAGAAAACUUUUUUCUCUCCAUGCAAAAGGAUAAGGAAGUUGUUAGCAAAGAGGGUAAGAGUAUUGAAAUGGAAGGGACUCAUGAGAAGGAGGAAACCCUACCACCCGGGUUUAGGUUUCAUCCAACCGAUGAAGAACUCAUCUCUUACUAUCUUAUAAACAAGAUUUCAGAUUCUGAUUUCACAGGCAAAGCAAUAGCUGAUGUAGAUCUCAACAAAUGUGAGCCAUGGGAGCUUCCGGGGAAGGCGAAGAUGGGGCAAAAGGAAUGGUACUUCUUCAGUCUAAGAGAUCGUAAAUACCCAACGGGUGUGAGAACCAACCGAGCAACGAACACGGGGUACUGGAAAACCACAGGGAAAGACAAGGAGAUCCUAAACAGUGUUACAUCGGAGUUUGUUGGUAUGAAGAAGACUUUGGUUUUCUACAAAGGAAGGGCUCCAAGAGGAGAGAAAACCAACUGGGUCAUGCAUGAAUACCGCAUUCAUUCUAAAUCCACCUUCAAAAUCAACAAGCAGGAAGAAUGGGUGGUUUGCCGCGUAUUCCGCAAGAGUGGUGGUGCAAAAAAGUUUCCCUCUUCCACCCACACCAGAGCAGUGAUGAAUCCCUAUAAUCUCGAAGUUGGUCCUAGCAUCAUGCCACCACCAAUGAUGCACCUGCCAGACCCCACUUCCCAUUUCCUCUACGGAAGAAACUACAUGUUGAGCAAUGCAGAGGUAGCUGAAGUGACAAGGCUCUUAAGAAACGGUGCUGGAUCCACCACUGUGAUGAACCUACCAAUGAUGCAGCAGCACCACCAUUUGAACAACCCAGUAGCUGCAGCAGGAGGAGGAUUCACCAUUUCUGGCCUUAACUUGAAUCUGGGUGGAGGCACAGUUGCUGCCACCACACAAACACAACACCUUUUGAGGCCAAUGAUGCUGCCACCACAGCCUUCUCCUGCUCACACUAUGGUCCAUGGGCAUGAUCACUUCAGUUCCAACAUGGUCACUCCCAAUGCUCUUGCUCCUGAAAAUGUAGCCUAUGGUGGUGCAGAUAUGAACACUGCAAAUUCCCAAGGCAAUAGGUACAUGGACAUGGACCAUUGUGUGGAUCUAGACAACUACUGGCCUUCCUACUAAAUAAACUUUCCCAUGAACAUUUCCGAGAAGAAAAGAUAAGAAAAAAAAAAUGAAAUAAGUUUUUUCUUUUUCUAAACUAAAAUGAACUUAUGCAUAAUUUAAUUUAUAGAAGCUCUCUUGUAAUAACUUUUCUGAAAAAUAUAUUUUAUUUUUAUAUAAAUUAGUUUUAGAUUAUGAAAAUUUUAAUUUCUAUCUUUCUUCCUAUGAGUCUAUUGAAAUAAACUUCUAUAGAAUCACUUUUAUGAGAAAGAAAGAAGAAAAAUUGAAACAAAUUUUUUCAUUAGCUGAAACUAACUUAUAUAUAAAUUAAAAUAAGAUUUUUGAGAAGUUCAUAGAAAGAAACUUCUGCAAAUUAAGUUAUGGACAAAUUUAUUUCAUUUUUUUUCUUGUUUUUCUCUCCUAUAAGUGUUUCUAAAAAGAAAUCCAAAUAUGCCUUAUUUUCUUUUUUGGAGUGCUUCUAAUGACUGGGUCAGUACCGAAACUAUCAGCUACCAUAAAUGUUAUAUAUGUUUUUUCAAGUGUUUUUAUAUAGGUCUAAAGCAGGUAAGUAGUCUGCAAUCCAAGACUUGUGCCAUCUUUGCCGAGAAACAUUUUUUCAUGUUCUUAAUGUGUAUCAGUUGCUCUCUUGGUUGUUAAUAAUUUAUAUUUAGACAUUAUGAUUAUGAUUUUA